GUCCAGAAUUCAAUUCCAUUUAGAAAAUAUCAACAAUAAUUUCCAAUAGUAACAACCAAAAGGGAUCAGAAAUAACAGAGAAAACCUUCCCUUCUUAUUCCCCUAACAUUUCUUCUUCUGUGUGAGAGCAAAACUCAACUGAAUUUCAAGGGGGUGGUUCAGGACCUAUGGCCUCAUCAACAUCCACCCCACUCUCUCUAUCUUCUUCUUCUUCUUCCACCCUCAUUGACACCAAGGCACCUACUCGCCAAUCUGCGGCCGCAUCCUCGCAAUGGGUCGCAUUGCCGACCCUUCCACCACCACCCGUGCAGUCACAUAGUCGUGCUGCCAGGACCACUGCCUACUGUCGAAAGAUUGCACGGAAUGUUAUGGCAAUGGCAACUGGGGAGGCACCAGCUGAAGUUGUCGCAACCGUUGAGCUUCCAGAGAUUGUUAAAACAAUUCAAGAAUCUUGGGACAAAGUCGAAGACAAGUAUGCAGUGACUUCUCUGGCAGUGGCCGGAGGAGUUGCCGUGUUCGCCUGUUCUGGAAUGAUCUCAGCAAUUGACAGGCUCCCACUGGUACCUGGUGUUCUUGAGUUAGUGGGAAUUGGAUAUACUGCUUGGUUUGCAUACAAGAACCUGGUUUUCAAACCAGACAGGGAAGUCUUGGUAAAGAAAAUCAAAGACACAUAUAAGGAAAUUAUAGGAACCAGCUGAAAGGAAAUUUGUGUGAAAAUGCUGCAGUUCGAGCAAGAAACAAUAUAAAUGGCAGCAUUGCACAUCAACAGUAAUCGCUCUUCUUUUUGUUAACUUAAUCUAUAAACAAUGAACAUAUAUUAAAUAAUCUUAUGUUUCCUUUUACACUACUGUUCUGUAGCUGUACCCAUUUUUAUUUCACCCAUCUUUGUGAACGAGAAGCAGUUUAAGUGAUUACAACGUGCCAAACAAGAGGAAAUUAUUUUGCA